AUUCGAGGUGCGACUGGAGAUUCGCAAGAAGAAGCAAAAACCCAUUAACGCACCUCCCCUUCCCCUUGGUACUCGUUGCCUUUCGCGAGAAAGAGGGUGAAAAACAAGCACGCACACACACACACACACACACACAUACUGCUGCUCUCAUCCUUGAGCCGUAUUCAGUACUCUCGGAAUUGCUUUCCUCUAAAUUGCUCUUCGGAAAAACAGGCUGCUGAAAACCGCAUGAGGUUGAGUGAAUGAUCUCAGCUACCUUUAUCCAGUGAACCAUCCCAUUUUGGAUUCAGAUGCAUCCGCAUGAGCAGACGUAUGUGUAGUCGUAUUCGACAGAUCACACGGAUUUAAACAUCUCUUCCUGCUUGACGACGUCCCCAAAUGGAGAACUUAAACGAGUCACUGGUCUUUGGGGAUCCGAGGCAUUUUCACCUUUAUAACGAGUCGCUAUUCCAAAACAACUUCAGUGAGUUCAGCGACGCGGACGACCUGUUUCCCCGCAGCGUGAGGAUCACCAUCGCACUGGUCUACAUGAUUGUGUGCAUGGUGGGACUCGUAGGAAACUGCUUGGUGAUGUAUGUCAUUAUCAGGUACACCAAGAUGAAGACAGCCACCAAUAUCUACAUCUUUAACCUGGCUUUGGCUGACGCACUGGUUCUGGCCACUCUACCUUUCCAGGGCACAGAUGUGUUCCUAGGUUUCUGGCCCUUUGGCAACACAUUGUGCAAGGCAGUGGUUUCCAUAGACUACUACAACAUGUUUACUAGUGUCUUCACCCUUACUGUGAUGAGCAUGGACCGCUAUGUGGCUGUGUGUCAUCCUGUCAAAGCUCUGGAUAUGAGGACGCCCCACAAAGCCAAGGUGGUCAACAUAUGCGUGUGGCUACUGGCCUCUGCCAUUGGCGUGCCGGCCAUGGUGCUUGGAGAUGUUGAGGAUGACCAUGGCAUUGAGUGCAUCUUGGUUCUGCCAGACCCUCGCAGCUAUUGGGAUCCAGUGUUCGGCACGUGCGUGUUUCUGCUCUCCUUCCUGAUCCCAGUGGCCAUUAUUAGUGUGUGUUAUAGCCUGAUGGUGAAGCGCCUGCGUAAUGUGCGUAUUUUGUCUGGUUCCAAGGAGAAGGAUCGCAACCUGCGUCGCAUCACACGUAUGGUGCUGGUGGUGGUUGCAGCAUUUGUUGUGUGUUGGACGCCCAUCCAGAUCAUGGCGCUUGCACAGUCACUGGGUGUAAAUCUGGGCAGUGUGCAUACUGUGGUGCUCAUGCACUUCUGCAUUGCACUUGGUUAUGUCAACAGCAGCCUAAACCCAGUACUCUAUGCUUUUCUGGAUGAGAACUUUAAGCGCUGCUUCCGUGAGUUCUGCCAACCACCGUCACCUUUCAGCCUGGAUGCACAGCAGCAGUCGGGCCGCAUGCACAGCGUGGCACGAGAUGUUGCCUACAACUGCAAAACUACAGAGGCAAACAGUAAUGCUGCAUGACUAGGCGUGGAGCUGCCCCUGGUCAGCCCGGAACAGCCACCAAAUCCAGGGACAGGACACUCUAAUUCAGAGCUCACUCAGAUCACCGUUCUCUAGCACUGUCUAGGGGUGGAGGAAUGGGAGGAACAAGGACUGAGGGUGGGGUCAAAAUCAGUGACACAUCUACUCUUAGGGACAAAGGGGCUCACUUUUUGUCUUGUGCAGAUUUGGUAUUAAUGUCAUCUUUUAGCUGAUUUUUUUUUUUUCUAAACAUUCCUUUUAUUUGGUGGUGACACUAAAGAGAUAUUUUAGAGUAUUUACAGCAUUUGGUAUUCAUUUCAAUGGGACUACAUUGCCUUAAAUAGAUUAUAAACUCUGUUAAAGUUAAAGCUUGUGUGACCUGGAUGGAGCAUGAAUCACAUUAUUUUUAACAUAUUACCUUCCAGUUAACCACAUUCCAUUUAAACAUACAAAACAGAGACUUAACUGUUAAAGACAAAUGAUUAUUUAAAAUGCAUUUUUUUUUCUGUUUGUCUUGUAACGAAAAGAGAAAAAUAUAAGUAUUGCAUUGUUUCAUGGCAGUUUUAUGCUCUAGCGCAAUUUGUAAAGAAAGUAAAAAAUAUAGUGCAUUCAGUGUUAUAUUUAUCGGUGCAUACAAUGAAGUAUUAGCAUGAGUCUUAGUAUUCUUGCAGUCAUCUGUCAACCAUACCUCUGAUAUUCUUGAAUGUUUUAAGUGUACCCAGCAUCUUGGUUCGCUACCUCGUGGUAUGGUGAGUCAGAAACAAGGAGUGAGCUUUUCCAUCAGUUUACAUCACUGACCACUGAAUGUCAAAUGACUUUUUAAAGAAGCCAAAAAAAAAUUACAAAAUGGUAGAAUGGUUUCUUUUCAGUAUUAUCAAAGACACUGUAAACUUAAAUGCUUUAUGUAUGCUGUAUUCAAUGUUGUAAUGAUUUGUUCACUUGAUGAAAUGUAUUGGUUUAUUUAUAGAAUUAUUUAUUAUUGUAGAGCAUUGUUGGAAAUACAGGUGCUGAAGCUGUCAUGUAAGUUAUCACUAUGGAGUGUAAACUAUUUCUAUAUUCUGAGGCUAAUAUUGGAAAUUCUAUAUAUUUUUUUGCUCUAUGUGUGCAUUAAAUUACAUUAAAUGACACUG